UUUGCAUGACCACUUCAUAAAUUAAAAUAAAAAAAACUAAAGUAAGAAAUAAAUAAAAUAUAACAGGGUUUCUAUGUAAUGUAAUGUAAAGUGCAAUUAGUCUAAAUGUAAAGUGUAAUUACUAGUGAAAUAAAUUCCUGAUAGAUAGAUGCUGUCACAGCUUCAAAAUGUGCAUUAUGUUGCUUUUAAUGAAUAAAUGUACAAAAAUGUCACAUUGGCAUUUAAACAUUUGACAUAAAGGCCCAAUUUUCCAAGUCAUUAAAAAGCAUCAACACAGGAGAAGACUUUAAUAACAAACAUGGUUCAGUGUGCAGCUCCAUAACCUGUGAAUAUAAUUUCUAAAUACAAUUUUUAUAGCAAUUCUGACAUUUAAAGUUUAAGCAUUCAUUAUUAGAAACUUUAAACAUUUGGUUUGCAUAAAGCACAAACAUGAGAACUAAUCUGAAGCUGGAUGACCCGUCAGUCUUCACUGCAGAGGAGGAAGUUUAGGUUUCAAUUUCGGUUUGACUCAGAAAAAACAUGGAGUCUGAUAUUUGAGUCUGAAGUUAGCUUGAUACACAACAGGCUUCGAUAAGCAUUAGCGUGUUUCAACUUAAUACGCUUUAAUACGCAUUGAAUCGCUUCAAACUGCUUCCUGCGCGUCGCUUUGUUUUCAGCUCCAGUUAUUUUACUGUUCGUGUCGUUAAAAUCUGUCUGCCAUGUUGGGAGAAGCAGAGCCGCAGUGGUUGUCCGAGGAGGUGAAAACAGGAACAACUAUAAUCGCCAUAGAGUUUAAUGGAGGCGUCGUGUUGGGCUCUGAUUCCAGAGUGUCUGCAGGGGAGUCCGUGGUGAACAGGGUGAUGAAUAAAUUGUCUCCACUCCAUGAUAAGAUCUACUGCGCCCUGUCAGGAUCCGCUGCAGACGCUCAGACCAUCGCUGAGAUGGUGAACUACCAGCUGGACGUCCACAGCAUGGAAAUCAGUGAGGAGCCACAGGUUCGAUCAGCUGCCACUCUAGUGAAGAACAUUUCAUACAAAUACAAGGAGGAGCUUUCAGCUCAUCUUAUUGUAGCUGGAUGGGACAGAAGAGAAGGAGGGCAGGUUUUUGCCACCCUGAAAGGUCUCCUGACCAGACAGCCUUUUGCUGUUGGCGGUUCAGGCAGCUCUUAUGUUUAUGGAUUUGUUGAUGCCGAAUAUCGAAAAGGAAUGAAUAAGACGGAGUGUCAGCAGUUUGUGGUUAACACUCUCUCCUUGGCGAUGAACCGCGACGGCUCCAGUGGUGGUGUGGCAUAUUUGGUCACCAUUGAUGAACACGGCACAGAGGAGAACGUCAUUCUGGGAAAUGAUUUACCAACAUUUUUUGAUCAGUGAUCUUUCUUUCAUUGUCAGUUUUUUGUGAUACAUGUAUCCACUCACUGGACUGUAAACCUGGAACCAGUGUACAUUUAUCCAAAUCAAAUAAAUUGCAGUUCUCCCUAA